ACGUGUUUUUAGGAUUUUAUUUUGUCACAUUAUGCUAAGAUAUGGACAUAUGCCAUUUGCCUGAGCUGCUCGGGGGCAUUUUAUGUGACCAAUUAAUUUAAAGGAAUUAUAUUAUUAAAGAAUCAUAAUUAAUCUUUUGGAAUUAAUUAUUUUUUAACAGUUGUUAUCCAGCUUUCGCACCAAGAUGGCUUUUCGGGCAGUACUUUUUGUCCUCUCCCUCCUGUCUCCUGCUGGAUUCGUCAAAACAGCUCACCCAGGAAUCUUUACUGCCGAUCAAAGCUCUGGUUCCCUGGGAUCCCUCAGCAGCCCCUCAUUCGAAAGAGGCAACACACAAAGGGCCGCAGUUGUUGUUGACAAUGGUUUAUUUAAGCAACAGAAAACACUCACCUCUUUAUCCUCGUUAUCAAAUUUUGACAAUAAUUUUCAUGAUAUUCAGCAAGUACCCGAACAACUUCAAGCGGAGUUAUAUCCGAACGAGCCAAUUCCUACUGUUGUGUACACAGAAGUUCCAAAUAACCCCGAACAACGGCCAUUACCCACGGACAAUAAAAUCGUCGUUGAAAGUAUUCAGACACAGUCGGAGAAAACUUCUCCACCUAGAAAAGGUUCUUUAUCGACUCAAAUUGAUGUCACAAAGCAGGAAAGAGCCUUUACUGUGGAUCAACCGACAAUUAAAAAAGCUGUCAACAGACAAAAGAUUGUGAAGGAACAAAAGAGUAAUUUACCCCAAGAACAAAAAGAAAUCGUCUCUGAAAAUAAAAGAAAACAACGGCUUGUAAAACCACAACAAAUUCGGUUCAUGAGUGGCAAUAACAUAUUCAAACCAGGCCAGAAAAAUAUUGCAUACCGAUUUACUGGUAAAUCUUUCACAAAGUCUCCGACACCGCUGAAAAGACCAACUCCAAAAGCAGAAAUGCCUUCGCCUGAUUCAAGCAAUAUACACAUGAAUACGAGGCUCGAACAAAAGAAAACAACACUGGAUAGCUUGUUAUUUGGAGUAAUCGCGACCACUGAAUCCCCAGUGACUGCGUGGAAGCAAAGUAUCCAACAAGGUGUAUACGACACCACGAAAAGUUUUAGUGUACCUAUUACUUCUCACCUUCACACAGAAGCACCGACGAAACCACCCCUAGAUAAGUACUCAAUGGUGAACCCAACCAAUGGUGCUGUGGUCGGUGGCCAUAUUGUAACAAAGGAAGAACCACCAUCUGAUAUCAUUGUCAACCAUCACGAGACCUCAGUAAUAGAGAGAAAUAGAAAGUUAAGCAGGGAUCGGUACAGUAACGCACAAUGGCAUCGUCAACAGAAACAUAACCAGCAAAGACAACUUAAGAAGCAAAGCUCCUCAUUAUCAAGUAUUAACGCACCACAAAUAUCGAAAAGUGAGCAUACCCAUGUCGUGACAGAUCCUGAAGCAAUUACAGACAUCAUACUUAGUAGUAGCCAGCAAGGUGCUCAUUCAUUGAAUAACUUUGGAAACAAUGCAGGACGAAAUGCUGAUAAUCAAAUGUGGCACACAAAUAUGGAACAAAUGCAUGGGGCUAAUAAUCUAUAUGAAUCAAAUGUUCAACAACCAUUUAAGAAAGAAUCACAUCAAAUUCCUGACUUCCAAAAUAAUGGACUAAGAAUGGGAUCCCUUUCAAAUCCAAAUCCCGAAAACUCAAACAAUCAGCAAGGAUGGAACAGUCACACUUUACAAACUCAGGAGAAAACGCCAUCAGAUGUCCAGAGAACACACAAAACCAAAGAGAUGCUGCAACACCAUGGUCAUUUUCAUAAACAAGAUGCCUUCACAACACACGGUGAAAGUAAAUUAUUGCAAAGUAACCAUCAACUCUCAAAUAUUCAUUCAUCCGCAUCAUUGCAAAAACAGAACGGAAACAAUCAUCAAUCAAAUGCGGUCAGAAACAACUUUAUAGUAUCAAAGGAUGUGAAUGCGAUGCAGAAAAUUCCUGAAAAGUCUAUGGUUAAUACUCCUAAUACUCAGGGUAAAACCAAUCAGCAACAUCCUAGAGAUAUGAAAGCAUCAGUUAUGAACAAAUUACAAGGCUUUAAUACACAGCCUCGUCAUUCACGAUUGCAGGAUAAGACCCCCACCACCUUCGCCCAAGGAGUUCACCAACAGCAACAUCAAACAGAACACCAAGGACACGCACAAGCAACUGAACAACGUAAUAAACAAACACAGAAAACCCCAAGCUUAUCCUCGAGUAGCUCACUGUCCAACCCAAGUUUCCUGGGUUCUCAAGGAAGAAUCAUGCAGAGUCAACAUGCCUCUCAACUUCCUCAAGGCCAGUCAGUAGAACAAAUUAUGAAACAAGGAACACAACAAGUACAAACGCAAUAUGCUGUACAAAAUGAAGUGCCGUAUAAUAUUGUUAAAAUGCCACCAUCUCGAGCCGAAUACUUCCACAAGUCGAUUGAACACAUUCCACAAUCAGCAAACGUCAAAAGAGCUCAGAUUCACUCUGCUAAUUCCAUAUUCAAGAAUCAACAUACACAAAAGCCAGAAUCACUUAGAGCUGAAUAUAAUUUAAGAAAUGAUAAAAUAGAAGCCAGACAUUACAAUCAAAUGAAUGAAAUACCCUCCGCUGGACGACUGCAUCAAAAAGUAAUUAAUUCACUGGGUCAGACGAAAACAAUGGCUGAUCCAAAACAACAGUCAGCAAAAAGUAUCUAUCAGAUGGAGAAUCCCAAAUCACAUUUUGCCUCAGAGCUGCAACACAAUGGUCAAUAUAACAUCAUCAACAACGCAGCAAAAACCAAUCCUCAGGAAACUCAAAUAAUAGACACCUCAUUCAAUAUUCCUAAAGAAAUAAUUGCCAAUCCAAAUAUACAAAUGUUGAACAUUGAAAAUCCUGUUCAAAGUGGAUAUUCAUUGGCUGGUGUUAACAUUCUAGAUAUCAAGCCAAUAAAAGGCCUGUCGCCGGAUAUUGUCCAGAUUUCGAGGGUGACAAACACCAUACCUAUUAUAGAAAUUCCAAUAAACUAUAAUUACUACGAAACGACAACUAUUCCUCUUGUUGGUCAGAAAAAGAAUUUGCAUACAACAUCCUCUUUAGCAGCCCAGGCACCCAGUAUGCAGAGAAUGUUCACAAAAGCCCCAGAGGUGUUCCGAAUGUCUACAGGACGAGCUUGCGCUUAUGAAGUCAACCCAUUCAACAGAAACGAGUACGCCAUGAGCCAGGCAGAAGCAAGGGCGGGCCGUUUUACAUCAAAAUGCCCAGCAGGACUUGAUUUUCGUAUCGAUAGAUGUCGCUGCGAUUGGCCAGUGCCACAAAGCAGUUCAAACACAAACUCUUGUCCCUAUAUAGUAAAUCCAGCUAAUAAGAGUCAGUAUGCGCAUAGUAUACAGGAAACGCGGACAGGAAAACUGCUGGACUGUCCGGCUAACUUACACUUUAACGAGCAGAAAUGCCGGUGUGACUGGCCAGGGCUCUGAAAGGAACUGUUUCGAUCUAUCCGGUGAAAAACCCAGUGUUUGAGAAGAAGAAUGAGCUGGCCAGCCCCAAAUAUGGGCAAUCCAUACAAAUGGCCAAAUUAAUAGGGGAUAAACAUUCAGUGAAAUUAAAAGCUGUUGUGAUAAUUUAUUUAAUUGUUGUACAUAUGUAUAUAUUUUGAUAGUUUAUAUAAUUUUUUUUAUCUGUGUUUAACGUAGACAUUGUU